GUAAACAACUAAACAAGCAGUUGAAGUUACACAGAAGCGGUCAAUUUACACAGGAGAAAUCAAGACUUUUCCUAUUCAGCGCACUGAAAAGGGAAAUCAACAUGAGGGUGGACAGGACGGUUGAUAUACCAGUUUAUGACAUCUCACUGCUCAGGAACAUUUGGGAAGGCAGAGAGAAAAAAUACAAAAACAAGCAGAAGAAGGAACACGAGCGACUACAGAAAAGCGCUCUGGCAAAGAUCAAUCAACAAUGGCAGUAUCGCAUAGCAUGCAAGACAUUGAAGUCCAACGAGGUGGAAGUACUCCAACACUACCUGACGAGAACAGCUCUGAAUGAAAUUCAGCCCCACCAUACAGAUGCAAAUUCCAUAAUUGAGGGCAUCAAAUUCAUUUUUGAGCUGGAUGGUGAUAAAUGGAUGGAACUUCCUGAUAAUCUUCUUGAUAUGACAUACCUUCGAGAAUGGCACAUAAGAAGAACUAAAAUCUGCAAACUACCAGAGUGGAUUGUGCAGUUUCCGGACCUCUGCGUAUUGGAUAUACCCCAAAACGGAAUUGACAAGCUGCCUGUUGAAAUAGGUCAAUUAACAAAGCUGAGGGUGCUGAAAGUUAAUUACAAUAGGCUGUCCAGUAUUCCUCCAGAACUUGGUGAAUGUGAGAAUCUGGAGAGAUUGGAGCUAACUGGAAAUUAUCUUGAACAGUUGCCUUUUGAGUUAAGCAAUCUCAAGAAAGUCACACAUCUGGAUAUAGCAGAAAACCAAUUCGCCAGCAUACCCAUCUGUGCUCUUCGUAUGACAAGCCUACAAUUGUUGGAUAUGAGUAUCAACAUGUUGACGGAUUUGCCUGAGGAUAUGGACAGGUUGGAAGAAUUGGAAUCCUUGUUUGUUCAUAAGAACAACAUGUCAUAUUUGCCAAAGUGUUUGGUAAAUAUCACUACACUCAAGAUGAUUGUUGUUAGUGGAGACACAUUGAUCUGCUGGCCUUCAGGGCUUAAAGAAAAUCCUGCCAUCAAAUUCAUUAAGCUAUAUGACAACAUGGUUGAUGAAAUAAUGGAGGGGGAUGAUGAGAUAUUGGAAACAAGGCAAGACCAUCACAAAGAGUUUAUGCAGACAUACAUUGACACAGUGAAGGACAGAGAAACUGCCCCAACAUACACCACCAAAGUGUCAUUCUCAUGCUGUCUGUAAUGGAGAUUCAGAUGACCAGAAGAAAACGGACAACCAUGCUGCUGUGCAUGCAUUGCAUGUCAAUCCUCUGAACACUUGUAAACAGUGGCCGAGUUCCAGGCUGACUACAUUGCCGAUGCAUGCCAAAACUCACAUCACCUGGAUAGAUGUUUAACACAGGGGCGUAGGCAUGUAAUGCUCUUUACUUGUCAGUGUU